CCAAAUAAUAUUGAUAACUAACGAAGCAGAGAGUACAACAGCUCAAUGCAUUGAUUUUGGUUAUAUCCAUUAUGAUGGCCAAGUUAGGCAAAUAAAGCACCGGUCAUAGUUUAUCAUCGCAAAACUAUUUAGAUUCAGCUUCAUUUCCAUUUAACACAUUCCAUCUCCUCACAUCGCCAACCGGCUAACCAGACCGGAGCUUCUCUCGGACUGCUCAGCCGAUGGCGGUAUAGGAGCUAACUUCUGCCAUUGUUCCAAGAUUCUUGGAAUCAAGGAAAGAUCAAAACGAUAACUUAGAGCGCCGUGAUCUCUUGGUUUUGUCGUUUUGAUCUUACAAUCAUGGAUUUCCUUGGAUCCACCAUGUUCUUGUGUAUUUUUUCCAUAGCUUUCGGUCAAGAAAGCAUGGACAUGAACGUGGACCGUGACCCUGAUCUCCUUCCAAGACCUUUGAUCAUUGAAUUCCCAGAAUCCCGACUCAGGAAUAUGACUGAUGACCUUGGCAUACAUUGUAUGAGUUGGAGGGUUGCUGUAGAAGCAAACAAUUUGGGUCCAUGGAAAACGAUUCCAAAUGAAUGUGCAGAAUAUGUGAAGGAUUAUAUGUUGGGUCGACCUUAUAACACUGAUCUUGAAAUGGUUUCGAAAGAGGCUAUACAUUAUGCCAGGAGCCUGGAAUUGAAAGGAGAUGGAUUGGAUGCUUGGGUUUUCGACAUUGAUGAAACCUUGAUCUCGAAUCUUCCGUAUUACUCAGACCAUGGUUUCGGAUUGGAAGCUUUCAAUAAUGCCCAAUUCGACAAAUGGAUUCUUGACGGAGUGGCACCAGUGCUCAAGCCCAGUUUGAAGCUGUAUGAGGAGGUACUAAGGCUUGGCUUCAAGAUAAUCUUGUUGACAGGACGCGAUGAAGAUAAAAGGAACGUGACAGUCACAAAUUUAAACAAUGCUGGAUAUCAGAAAUGGGAUAAACUCGUUUUACGAGGUAAAAAUGACAUAGAAAAGUCAGCAAGUGCGUUUAAGUCGGAAAAAAGGAAAGAGAUGAUGGAUGAAGGAUUCCGAAUUCUUGGAAAUUAUGGUGAUCAAUGGAGUGAUUUAGUGGGUACUUCACUGGCAAGCAAAUCGUUUAAGCUUUCGAACCCAAUGUAUCAUAUACCUUAAUUUGUUGUACAUUAGUUCACUCGCAACAAUUUGUUUAUAAACCCGGCCAUAGUGUAUGUGUAAUUUUGUUUUUAUCUUUUGUAAAAUAUUCUCCCCUUUUUUUUUUAAUUAAAGUUCAAACGAUCAUUGCCUUGA